AUGCCUGACGUGAAAAGAAAUGUCCGGCUGGUGACCGAGCAGCAUAUCGUGAACAAGGAUUCCGGCGUGGAGGGCUUCCCCCUCCGUUCGUGGUCCAUCGAGGUCUACCUCCUCAACGAACAUGGCGAGCAGGUGCCGGCGAAUGUUUUCGACAAGGUGACGUACACGCUUCACCCAAGUUUCGGGGAGCGAGCGAUUCAAACCUUCAAGAACCCGCCGUUCCGUAUCUCGGAAGAAGGAUGGGGUGAAUUCGACAUGCAAAUCACCCUCACCGCCGAGAAGGAUCACCACAUCACGCACGAUCUCAAUUUCGCGCAGACGCGCUACGAGUCCAAGCAUCCCAUUACUUUCAAAAACCCCAAGCCUGCCCUGCUGGCGGCCCUCCGUGAGUCGGGCCCCGUGCCCGGCGACGAGAACGGCGUCAAGUCCAAACGCGCCGCCGCCGGAGAGGAGGGAUCGAAAAAGAAGAAGAAGACGGAGAAGAAUGUCGACAUGGACAAACUGGCCGACGGCCUGCAGAAACUUGGAGAAGAUGACCUCCUCCAGGUGGUCCAGAUGGUCCACGAUAACAAGGCUCCAGACUCAUACACCAAGAAUGAUGUUGAGCAGGGAGAAUUCCACGUCGACCUUUAUACCCUACCGGAUUCGCUAAUCAAGAUGCUCUGGGAUUUCACGCAGGAAAAGGGUGCCCUGUGA